GGGAUUCUUGCGCCUUGUGUUUCGAGUCGUCCCUAGUUUCUCUGCCGCGGUCUAGCCUGCGAUCCUCUUGCACGGCUGCAACUGUACCACCUGCCCUACCAUGUCGCAGCCUUCGACACCAGACUGUGAAGAGAGCGUCUAGUAUUCACCCGGCUCCGAGGCCAUCCAAGGAAUGAAUGUCAAGCAGGCGGCGUGUCUGAAUUGCCGCAAAAGCAAGAUCAAAUGCCGACGCGAAGAAGGCGCCCCGGUAUGCGGGAGAUGUGCAAGCGUAGGCGUGGAGUGCAUCAUACCCGAGUUCCACAUUGGCAGGCAAAAGGGCGUGAAAAACAAACGUUCGGGAUUGGAAAAGGCCAUUUACCAAGUCGAAGAAGCCAUCAAGAAGAGGAAAUCGGAUGCGGCCACCAAUCAAACCACACUGCAGUAUCUGCAGCAGCUUCUGAACGAAGCUCAAGGCGACAAUGCUUCGAGCCAAGAUGUCAAAACUUCGCCAAUGUCAGUGGAGCACUCGCAAGCUCCAGCAAAAGAAGUCGUGGGCACGUCGAGCGAUGACCAGCUGGCUGUUGAGGACGUGGAGAACCCCCUUCAACUUCUCGCACGCGCAUCGGACCUCAGGAUCGCCACCCCCCAGUCGUACAACCCCAGUGUCGCCAGCCCAGAGGGCAGAUUCACAGCCAGCGAGCAAAGCGCCUUCUUGGAUGUUCACCAUUUCUUCUUACCCGUGAAGGCGCAUCUAGACCAGGGAGCAGGCCUGGAUCCAAUCGAUGUUGGCUUGGUGACUAAAGAUGAAGCAGAGAUGCUUUUGCAAUUCUUUCACAGGAAACUGGCGCACACGCGCUGGGGUCUUGAUCCAGUGGUGCACACUUUGCCGUUUGUUCGAAAUCGCUCAGCUUUCUUGUUUACGACAUUACUAGCCAUGACUGCCAUCUUCAUACCAGAAACCUCUGCUCUGGCCAAAAGACUGCUCUUACACCGCAGAUUUCUAGCUGAACAGGUUAUUGUCAGAAAGUACAGGUCGGUUGAAAUCGUGUUGGCGUUCAUGGUUAGCAUACCAUGGAUGCCUCCAGGGUCGCAUGCAAGCGACGACGAUACCAGUCUCUAUCUAGCCACUGCCUUGUCGAUUUCGUUGGAUCUCAUGCUGGACAAGGUCAUCACACCGUCUACGUCUUUUGCCCAUGAGCUCACUAGAGAGAUACCCAAAGCAGAGUGUCUCCACGCAAGAAAAGCGUUAGCCAUGGAUGGCUUCGAGGACGUUGACCCGGCUUCUGAAUGGGGCCAGCGACUGCUUCGUCGGAGAGAAAGAGUGUGGAUCGCUUUGUUCGUGUUGGAGCGUGGUGUAUGUCUUGCUCGUGGCCGCAGCUACUGUGUGCCAAAGACAUGCUUGAUUCAGCAUUGUGAUAGGUGGCACGUCCACCUGUACUCGGAUGCUCAGGACGGUUCGUUGGUAUCCAUGGCAGUAUUGCGUCGCGAUCUCGACAACCUCUUUGCCGAAGUGCGCGCGCGAUGCGACAUGUACCGCUCAAUGGACGUGGGCUUGGAAGUUGCGCACGAGAUUAACAAAUCCAUCGAAGACUUUUUCGACCACUGGUCCCGAGCAUGGCCUUCGGUGAUUAGCGACCCGGACAGCAAAAGCCUACCUCCCUACGUCGAGAUACUCAUCACACACACGCGACUCUCGACAUACUCGAUGCUUCUCAACCACCCGAGUGCGCCGCCCGAAGUGAAGCGUUCAUUCCGAAAGUCUGCGUUAUCCUCGGCGCUCAAUGUCAUGCGCGCCGCCAUCCAAGGCGAAUCGCGGCUCAAGUCGAUGCCCAACAACACCGUCACUAUGAUUUGCUUUGCAGCCAGCAUAGCGCUUGCUCUGAGCGCACCAGUGCCCGAGGCGGGUGGCAGUAGAAAAAGCCUUGCCCCAAGCGUGCGGCACCUGAUUGAGGACACUGCGACAGUCUUGGAGCGCAUUGGCAGCACGCCUAUGCACCGAAACGGCGCAUCCGUCGUCUACGGCAGAUUCCUGCGCGUGUUGGUCAAGCAGGCGCCUGAGAUUGAGAUGCCGCCGCCUGUGCCGCCGCAGAAUCCUGCACCGCCAACAUCCAUGGCCAUACCAGACCUCCUCUCACCCCCGACCCUCGUAAACAACCAACUAGCAAGACCGAAUAGCCAUUCGAUAGGCCCGAAUCCAAUCGGUGGUUACUGGCCGGAUACGCUCGACUUUUCCGCAAUGUCCUACAACGAGGUAAAUGAGACGGUCACAAACUCGGAUCUCUUCUCUACGGCAUUGCUCGAUUUGCCGUGGAACGAGUCCAAUCCGCUAUGGACAGAUUGGAUGAAUCUACCCGAUUUCAACUUUCCGUGA